AUGUUUGAAGAUGGCAGCGUAGAUUGGAAGGGUCUCGAGAAGCUCGUUGAGUGGCACAUAGAACAAGGCACUAAUAGUAUUGUUGCUGUCGGUACAACUGGCGAAGCAUCUACUCUUAGCAUGGCAGAACACACAGAAGUAAUUAAAGAAAUUAUCCGUGUUGCCAAUAAACGUAUUCCAAUUAUUGCCGGUACUGGUGCAAACUCGACACACGAAGCGAUUGAACUCACCAAAGAAGCCAAACAACUCGGCGCAGAUGCCGCACUUUUAGUUACCCCUUAUUAUAACAAACCAACGCAAGAAGGUUUAUUCCAACACUAUAAGGCAGUUGCUGAAGCUGUUGAUUUACCUAUCAUUCUUUACAACGUACCUGGUCGUACUGGUGUAGAUCUGCACAACGACACCGCGAUUCGUUUAGCAGAUAUUCCUCAAAUCGUAGGAAUUAAAGAUGCGACUGGCGAUGUUCCUCGUGGUAAAGAGCUGAUUGAUGGUUUAAAAGGCAAAAACAUGGUGGUGUAUUCAGGUGAUGAUGCGACUGCGAGUGAAUUGAUUCAGUUAGGCGCCCACGGCAAUAUUUCAAACAAUACCGUGCACCACUGCGUGAAGAACUCAAAGCAGUGGGUCUCAUUUAAUAAGAGCUUAAGCCACUUAGCUACCCUGAAGGUUCAACAGUUAGACCUGCAACGCCAAUGUAUCCAGCUCCUAUUGUUGACCCUCUUGCACUUCAGCAUGCACCAAAAUUUGAAAAUAAACGAGGCAACCGUUACGAGGUUCCUCGUCCAGAUGUUGCUCAAAUCAGUGCACCUGCUGAUGAAGUUUCUGCAUCAACUGAAAGUGUUGGUCGUCCUCAAAUUUUAA